AUGGCAUACAAAUUUAAAUCAUUAAUAUUACUUCUUGUAUUAUCCAUCACUAAACUUGCAACUGGCUUCUACAUUCCCGGUCUUAGUCCAACCACGUAUGAAGAUGGCGAUACAGUGCCGCUAUUUGUCAAUAAAAUAUUUUCCGAUAAAACACAACUUCCUUUCGCGUAUAGUGACUUACCCUUUGUCUGUCCGGUUGAGAAGGGUGGAAAUCGUUGGUUAAAUUUAGGCGAGGUAUUAAGAGGAGAUCGUAUCGAGCUUUCAAAAUUCAAGAUUAAAGCCUUGGAAAAUAAAACAUGUUCGACUUUAUGUGCUGUGGAUUUAACGGCUGGUAAAGCUAUGGAAGCUAAACAUUUGGUAUCAAAGGAUUAUAAAGUGGAAUGGAUUAUUGAUAAUCUUCCUGGUGCUACCGCUUACAGAACAGCAGAUGGAAAUCAUAAGCAAUAUGAGGUUGGAUUUAAUCUAGGAGAAAAGGAUGAAAAGAAAAAAGAUGCGGUAAAAGCUUAUCUUAAUAAUCAUUUCGCCUUAAAAAUACUAUACGAGAAAAAAAACAAUGACCCUAACGGUAUUCUUAUUGUUGGAUUCGAAGUGGAACCGAGAUCAAUUUCUGGAUUAAAAGGUGCUUGCCCUGAUUACCCGGACAACCCUGAAAAUCCUAAAUUAGAAAUUGAUGCUAACACAUCGCAAGUCACUUACAGUUAUUCGGUUCUUUGGCAAGAAACUAAAGACGUUACAUGGGGAAACCGAUGGGAUCUUUAUUUGACUAAUUCAGACCCUCAGAUUCACUGGUAUUCCAUUAUCAAUUCUCUUAUCAUUGCCUUAUUCCUUUCAGCCAUGGUAGCCAUCAUCAUGCUUAGAACGCUUAACAGAGAUAUCGCGUUAUAUAAUGAAAAAGACUUGAAAAUUGAGGACCAGGAUGACACGACUGGUUGGAAAUUGGUUCAUGGCGAUAUAUUCAGACCUCCUAAAUGGGGUGGUUUUUUGGCGCCAUUGCUUGGUUCUGGGGUGCAGGUUCUAUUUAUGGGAAUAUUUACAAUGAUAUUGUCAUUAUUGGGUGUCUUAAAUCCUUCUUAUCGUGGUGGCUUUGUCUCUUUUACUCUAUUUCUAUUUGCCUUUUCUUCAGCUUUUGCUGGCUAUUAUAGCUCACGAAUGUAUAAAGUAUUCAAAGGAACAGCUUGGAAAAAGAAUGCAAUUGUGACUUCAAUCUUAUUCCCUGGCUUCUUGUUUGGCGUCAUUUUCAUGCUCAACUUUUUCAUAUGGUCUCAACAUUCAUCAAGUGCAAUUCCUUUUGGCACUUUCUUUGUUUUAAUUUCCAUAUGGUCCUUUAUCUCUAUGCCGCUCUCUUUAAUUGGAGCUUACUUUGGUUAUAAGAAAGCAGUAAUUGAGCAUCCAGUACGCACUAAUCAAAUUCCACGUCAAAUUCCCGAACAAUCUUGGUAUUUGCAACCUGGAGUUAGGUAA